AUGAGCGAAAUGUUGAUGACGCGUUCCUCAGAUAUGGGUGAUGAAAAUGUUAAUCCGAUCACUUCUGUGAUUAUCGUUGCUGAUAAAAAUCGAUGUCCACGUGGAUUCACUCCGAUUACAAAAACAUUCGACGAACAGAAUGAUGCCGAUUUAUGGAGGGAAAGUUCAUUUACUUUUUUUAGUCGACCUGUACGAUAUUUGGCAAUCAGUAGAGACACUCCUCAAAAUACGGUUGGUAUGCAUGUUGUGACUGAUUUAUGUGUCGUAAAAGACUCCGAUCCAAUUCCCAUGGGUUUUAUCGCCAUAGAUUAUACAGCGGACUCAAAGGAAAAAACCUUACGUAAGAAAUAUCUUUGUGUGCGUACGAUGGCUCGAGAUGUUGUUGUUGAUGCCGUUGGAGAAAUUGUUUUAUUAAGCAGGAUGAGGAAACCACCCAAGAAUUAUUCAUCUGCUGGUGAAGUAGAUGGUAUUUUGAUAUGCUUCAAACAUAUUAUAAUUCCAUCAUCAUUUGGUGUUACAAUACCUCGCAGUAAAUCCACAACUUCUGUAUUAUAUCCAUCCAUUGCGACAAAUGAGUUUCGACAUUCCAAUUCUACGUUGGAUAAAACGACGCCUAGCAUUACAGCAAAUGCUUUGACUAUAAAAGCGGGUGCGAAACGGGGCGUGGAGGAUGUUCCCUUCAAGUUGAAUCCUAAAGUGGAAAGCAGCUUAGUUAAAAAUAAAUUGGAGAUGUUACCGGAAUUAAAGAAAUGCGAUUCUGAACAACUGGAUCGUGAUUACUGUUAUUACUUUACACUAGAACGGGCAAUGCUUUCUAAUUCUUGA